AGCCCAUCGCAGUCCCACUGCUUGUGAAGUGACAACUUAUAAAUAAAUUAAGCCUUCCCCGUGAACCCCUAUACGGUUCUAUCCAAUCUGCAACAUAAUCAUCUACGUCCAACCAGGCUCUCCUGCCCUAACCAAAAGCCUGAACACUGGAAACAGCUCAAGCCCACUUCAUUAAUGGUUACAUCAUAUCAUAUUUAUAUGGCUGCCUGUCGAUCUCAAGACUUCCAGAGUGAAUUCGGGUCUUCCCCAAGAGUUUCUUUUCUACGGGUUUCCUUGUUUCAGCAGGAUGAAGUCCUUUUGAUCUCUUUAUGAUUGUUGCAUCUGAUCUGGGGUGAGUAAUAGAGGAAUAUACAUGUGUAUAUUUGGGAUAUAUGCGUACAUGAACGUCUAAAGGGAGAAAUUAAAGGAAAAGAAAAGGGGCGGAGUGGAAAAGCAAAAGAAGAGGUCUUUCUCAAGCACGGAUCCCUAUGGAAUGCAGGAAGAAUGCCCAGCAUCGCUCGCUGGAACUCAUUCUUUUUGCUUAGUUUAAAGGCACUAGCUUUGUUCUCUUUAGAAAUCUUCUGAGAGAGAGAGAGAGCCUUUGUUCUCUUUAGCCGUUCAGUGAGCUUGGAUUUUGUUCAGAUGGUUCGUAGAUUUUCUGCUGCCUGAGCUCUGCAGCUACAAUACAAAAGGACCCAGUUCAAAGAUGGAGGAUAUGCUAAGCCUUGUUUGUGUAUGUAUGAUGAUUAAUUUAUUUGUUUCCCAAUGAUUGAGUUGCCCUAGCUUGUGAGUGGGGAAGAAGAUUCAAAGCAAAGAAAAUGAAGUCCAUGAGUAGUAAUGAUAACACCACCGGCGACAACACCAACUUGGCCUUCUCCCUAUCCUCAUCUGACAUGAACAUGGAGGCUCCUCCCUCCAGUGUUGUUUCCAGUGCCUAUCCAACUAGUUUUUUCCAGGCGCCAGCUCAUUUCAGCUACUCUGGAGCUUGCUAUGCAGCUGAAAAUGGCGGGUUUUACUCUCCCUUGGCUGUGAUGCCACUCAAAUCUGAUGGCUCACUGUGUAUCAUGGAAGCUUUCUCCAGGUCACAGCCUGCAGGAAUGGUGACAACUUCAAGUACUCCAAAGCUAGAGAAUUUCUUUGGUGGUGCAGCUAUGGGGAGCCAAGAUUAUGAGGGCAGUGAGAGAGAAGCCAUGGCUCUGAGCUUGGACAGCAUCUACUACCACCAAAACCCAGAUCAAGAAACCAACAGCCAGGACUUUCAAGUCCAGCAAUACUCAGAUUUCUCUGCAUUUAGAGGCCAUGAGGUUUACCAAACACAUCUUGCCCAGCAAGCCAAGGAAACCCAGUUUGCAAACUGCAGCCUCCAGCUCCCGACAAUGGCGGAAGAUGCAAUCCCUGGGAUGAAGAACUGGGUUUCAAUGGGGGAGAAUGGGGGAGAAACUGGGCCAAUGAACUCAAUGGGCUAUGGAGACUUACAGUCCCUAAGCUUGUCCAUGAGCCCUGGGUCCCAGUCAAGCUGUGUUACUGUCACGCAGCAAAUCUCACCGACUGUAACCGAGUCCGUAGCCAUUGAAACCAAAAAAAGAGGGUCCGAGAAGAAUCAUCACAAGCAGAUUGUUCAUAGAAAGUCAAUAGAUACAUUUGGGCAGAGAACUUCCCAAUAUAGAGGUGUUACAAGGCAUAGAUGGACUGGUAGAUAUGAAGCUCAUCUCUGGGAUAAUAGCUGCAAGAAAGAGGGCCAAAGCAGGAAAGGAAGGCAAGUUUAUCUGGGGGGCUAUGAUAUGGAAGAAAAAGCUGCAAGGUCUUAUGAUUUGGCUGCUCUGAAAUACUGGGGACCUUCUACUCAUAUCAAUUUUCCGCUGGACAACUAUAGACAGGAAGUGGAAGAAAUGAAGAACAUGACUAGACAAGAAUAUGUUGCUCAUUUGAGAAGAAAAAGCAGUGGCUUCUCUAGGGGAGCGUCAAUUUACAGAGGAGUCACAAGACAUCAUCAACAUGGGCGAUGGCAAGCCCGGAUUGGCAGAGUUGCAGGAAACAAAGACCUCUAUCUAGGGACAUUCAGCACCCAGGAGGAAGCUGCCGAGGCCUACGACAUCGCGGCUAUAAAGUUCCGUGGGGUUAAUGCCGUGACAAACUUCGACAUAUCGAGGUACGAUGUAGAGCGGAUAAUGGCAAGCAGCUCCCUUCUAGCCGGAGAACUUGCCCGGCGAAACAAGGACAUAGAUUCCGGCAAAGAGCUCCCCAGUAACGGGGAAGCAAGUGAUCCAAAGGACAACAAUGGAGACCCUGCCAACAUGGUGAGCCACUUGUUGAUGAGCAGCUCUAGAGAUGGAAGCCCCGAAAAACACAACAGCCUGCCGCUGCAAUUUCAAGUUCCGCCACUAAUGGCGUCCAAGUUUGUCACCAGUGGAACCAGUACUGUCAAUUCUUGGAUCUCAUCAUCAGCUCCGCUGAGGCCUCAAAUUCCCAUGCCCCACGUGCCACCCUUUUCUGCAUGGACAGAUACAUCAUGACAUAGAUUUCCCGGGAAUUGUUGGAACUGCUUUUUUUCCAGGGAGCCAAACAGUAAGGUGGGGAGAAAGGAAAAGAAAGUGUUGGUUUCAAUUCGUAUCUGAAUUAGUGGCUGGAAUUCUUGUAAAAUGGGGCUUCAGAAUUUUCAAAACUCUGUCCUCUGGUAGCCCCAGCUGAAUCAAAGAUCUUGUAAGAAUUAAUUAAUUUGGUGGAGGGAAGGUUUAAAAAGAAAAUAGCGCUUCGAGUUCUAUGAC